GAGGGCGCAUGCGCAGAGGGGUGGGUGGUAUCCGUUGAGGCAAGGAGAGGGGCUUGAGCGAUGCAGGCAAACCUGGGGGCGGCGCUGCUGACCUUGGCGCUCUGGGCCAUUUGCUCGCCGGUGCUGAGCACGGAAGGUAAACGGAAACUGCAGAUUGGAGUCAAGAAACGGGUGGACAACUGCCCCGUCAAGUCCCGAAAAGGCGACGUGCUCCACAUGCAUUACACGGGAAAACUGGAAGACGGGACGGAGUUUGACAGCAGCUUAACUCGUGAUCAGCCCUUUAUCUUCUCCUUGGGCACCGGACAAGUCAUCAAAGGCUGGGAUCAAGGCCUGCUGGGGAUGUGCGAAGGCGAGAAAAGGAAGUUAGUCAUCCCUUCAGAGCUAGGGUAUGGAGAUCGGGGAGCACCGCCCAAAAUCCCAGGCGGCGCCACGCUAAUCUUCGAAGUGGAGCUGCUGAAGAUUGAGCGUCGCCAAGAACUAUAGCUGUACGUCUCUCCCAGGAAGAGGGGCUUUUGGGGAGGGGAGGGGGCGCACGCGAAAGAUGGACGGACAGGCCGGAGAAGGAUCUGUCAAAAGGGGUGUGUCGUUCCUAGGUGGGCCAAAUCAUAAUAAUA